CUGUUAAAACAGUGUGUGUAUACAUAUAUUUAUAUAAAUGGAGGUGUGAAAUGCUACACAUUCCAACGUAUGGCAAGUCCAAACUCUUGUACUUAAACCUGGUGAGUGUGAGUGAGAUGAGGUCAGGCAAUGGGUACAUUAACAGGGUGUAAGCCUCUGAAAGCACCGGUUGUACUUUACCAAAUAUCUUACCACUUGUUGUAACUAAAAAGGGUUAAAGUGUUUUACCGCUGCAUGUGACAAUAAUAAAGCACUGUCAGUCAAGUAUUUUAUCUGUAUGUGUGUGUUCCAGAGCUGUAGUUCAGGGGGUCCAGAUGGCAGGCAUGAGGGGCCCGGCCUGCACUGGAGUCUGGCUGUAGAGUCCACAGGGGCUCCCGCUUCAACUGGACACAUUCCAAAAGGACGUGUGCCCAUGAGGUCGUCACCACUGGUCCUGCUCCUCCUGAUCGGCGUCCAGGCUGUACAGAACAUGGGCGGUGGAUUGGCCCGGUACGCCGGAGCAGCCAACCACAAAGUCGAACAGCAGACGGCAGCCAAUCACCGAGCAGGACAGCAGCAGACAGUAGCGAGGGACCACCUCUCCGAACACCACUCUUCACAAGAGCACCAAAGGACCAGCCACCGAAGGACCAAGAGGCCCCGCCGGGCCGCUUCCCACACACAGGACAGAAGCCAUGUCGUCGGGCAACCUGCGUUGGACUCCCCCCCGGACCCUUUCAACCCAGUAGUGGACCCCAAGCUCUUCUCCAAGAGGCGUUACCGCUCCUCGCCCCGGGUGGUCUUCAGCGAGGUGGCCCCGUCGCAAGAUGCCCUGGAAGGUGAGGGCUACGACGUUGAAGGAGUGAGGGGGGGGAGAGUAAGGCGCUCGCAUACCACGCACCGAGGAGAGUUCCCCGUAUGUGACAGCAUAAAUACCUGGGUGGGCAACCUGACACGAGCCACGGACAUGGGGGGGAGGGAGGUGACGGUGCUGCCCAAAGUCACGAUCAACAACGUGGUGAAGAAACAGUUCUUCUACGAGACUACCUGCCUCUCGCCAACGCAUAGGGGGUUCGGGGCCGCGAACUCCGGAAGGGCAGGGGGACGGGGGGCCAGACAGGGCUCCAGACAGGGCUCCAGACCGGGCGCGGCGGGCUGCCGCGGCAUCGACAGCCGCAGCUGGAACUCCUACUGCACCAACACACACAUAUUCGUGAGCGCCCUGACCAUGUUCGAGGAAAGGACAGCCUGGCGUUACAUCCGCAUCAACGCCGCGUGUGUGUGUGUUCUCAGCCAGAAGUCUUGGGCGGGAAAAGUGCUGCACUGACCGGUGGGGGCGGGGGGGUCUAUGAACCAAGCACACACAUUUCUACUAAACAGCCACUGCAGCUUUAUUGCCAAUACUGUAAUCCUCUUCCCCACCUCCAAACACACACACACACACACACUUACACUUAUUGACACACGUACAGAAACAGCUUCAUCAAUAAAACCCUUUGGCCCCUGACCCUACCUCAGCCUGAGAAGUCCUGGUUGUUUUAAGUUAUGAGGACUGCAUGUCAUAUUUAUAGUUUAUACAGUCAAAUAUGAAAGUAUAUACAGUAUGUGUAUAUAUAUUAAAUGAA